GUUUAGCGCCGAUUCGGAUAACUAAUCGACCUUCCGCCUGAUAAAACCUCCUUCCCUCUCCACCGACCCCACCGCUCAUUCUCUCCUGCGUUUCUUCUGAUAAUGGAUUAAUUUUGCUCAUUUCUAACUGUCGAGAGCUCAAUUGCUGCUGUUGUUUUUUCCUUUCCUUCAUCUCUCAAUUGCCAGGAAGGCAGGGUGCGCGGCCAUGUUACUUCGUCGAACGGAUCCUAAGCUUCCCGAAUGGUCGCCCACAAGCAAGUACUACGACCACAAAAAGUCUCGUAAAUACUCAAAACGGAGAAAACUCCCCGGCCGCCGCUUAGUCCUCGCCGGCAUCUGUCUCAUCUUCCUACUCAUCUACUCGCUCCUGCCUUACCGCGAACCUGAUUUCCACGCGAAAUUCGACAAGCUGCCAACCGAGCUCAACAUCGAGUUCUAUGACCUGGCAGACGCGACCGCGACGCCCUACGGCUGGACCGAGUCUGCGAAAGAGCGGGUACUGUUCUGCAUCCCUCUCCGCGAGGCGUCGGAUCAUCUACCGCUCCUGUUCACCCAUCUGAGAAACAUAAGCUACCCGCACUCGCUCAUCGACCUCUCCUUCCUCGUCUCCGACUCUGAAGACGACACGCUCGCGCUCCUCACCUCGCUCCUGACCGAGAUCCAAGAACACCCCUCGCCCGAGCUGCGCUUCAACCGCGCAGACAUCUACGAGAAGGACUUUGGCCAGUUUGUCAGCCAGGGGUUCUCCGAUCGCCACGGGUUCGCAGCGCAGGGACCACGCAGAAAACUCAUGGGUCGAGCAAGGAAUUGGUUGCUGGCGUCGGCGCUCAGGCCGGAACAUAGUUGGGUGUACUGGCGGGACGCGGAUAUCGAGUCUGCGCCGUCGACAAUCCUCGAGGAUCUGAUGAUGCACAAUUCGGACGUCAUAGUCCCAAACGUCUGGCGCCCACUACCCGAAUGGAUAGGCGGCGAGCAACGCGAACAACCCUACGACCUCAACGCCUGGCAAGAAAGCGACGCCGGCCUCGAGCUCGCCAAGUCGCUAUCCGAAGACGUCGUCAUCGUCGAAGGCUACGCCGAGUACGCGACCUGGCGCCCGCACCUAGCCUACGCGCGCAACGCCGAAGGCGACCUGCACGACGAAGUCGAUCUCGACGGCGUCGGCGGCGUCUCGCUGCUCGUGAAAGCGAGCGUUUUCCGCGCGGGCGCGAAUUUCCCCGGGUUUGCGUUCAUGAAUCAUGCGGAGACGGAAGGGUUUGGGAAGAUGGCGAAGAGGAUGGGGUACCGCGUGAUUGGCCUGCCGAAUUAUGUGGUGUGGCAUGUCUUUGAGCCGAGUGUGGAUGAUAUGUCUAAAUUGCCGAAAAAACAUGGGAGUAAGCGCAAGCCGUUGACGAAAAAGGAGAGGGCGGAGAAGGAGGCGGAAAAGAAGGCGCUGGAGGACGAGGAGUUUCAGAUACCACAGGUUCCUCAGGCUGAUGAGAGCGCAGAGGAGAGUACAGAUUGAUCAUAGAAGCUGUAGUUAUUCAUACCGGGUGGUCAAAUGAUGUUACGAAUAUAUGUUAAAAGUAAAUAUU